GACAGAUCAGGCGCAGGUUGCAAGGCAGCAUAUGCAGAGACGUCUUCUUCAGGAUGAUUCCCUUUUGUCAUUAUGGAUUUCAUUUGUUUUUACAGUUUUAAAUUACUUCCCUGCACUUUUCUUUUCCUGUCAACAAUAGCGAUUGAUGGUGUCUCUCCAGAGAAUGCUGUGGACCUGUGCUCCCCAAAUCCCUGCCAGAACCGAGCACUGUGUCGCCUGCGCGGUGGUGGAUACUCCUGCUUCUGUGUGCCGGGGUUCCAGGGGUCACACUGUCAAAUUGAUGUCAACGAAUGUGUUUCGCAGCCCUGCAGGAAUGGAGGUAGCUGUGUGGACAAAGUUGGACAGUUCUCCUGUCUCUGUCCAGCUGGAUUCACAGGGGCCACGUGUCAGGUCCAGAUUGAAGAGUGCCACUCAGCACCAUGUCUCAAUGAAGGUAGUUGCCAUGACCACAGCGAGGGUUUCACUUGCACCUGCCGGCCAGGUUUCCAGGGACAACAGUGUGAAAUCAAUACCGAUGAGUGCCAGGAGCGGCCGUGCCAGAACGGGGGUCUGUGUGUGGACGGAGUGAACGGGUAUAGAUGCGACUGUUCCAACACUGGCUUCACUGGUCUACUCUGUGAGAGACCUCAGCCACCAUGCCACUCAGGGCCAUGCUUCAACAACGCCUCCUGUGAGGAUGUUCAAGGUUCUGUCUGCCAGGAGGUGAUAAACCCUUGUGACCCAAGUCCAUGCCAGAACGAAGGCCACUGUGAGAUCCAGGGGAGUGGAUAUGUUUGCCACUGUCGUAAACAUGGCGUCCUCUUUGGAGGGUCCAACUGCGAGGUGAAACUGGUGGGCUGUGAUGGUCAUCAGUGCCAGAACAACGGAACCUGCUCUCCAUCCUUCCUGGAUCAUGUCCACUUCUACACCUGCUCCUGUUCACCUGGCUAUACAGGCAACCGCUGCCAAACCUCCACCACCUUCUCUUUUGAGCAGAGCGGCCACUUGGUGCUCCACAGUCCCCUUGUGGUGUCAUGUAACCUCACUCUAAGCUUCAAGACAGUUCUUCCUAGUGCUCUGUUGUUCCAGCGUAUCGGUGGCGGGGCUGAGCUAACCUUGGCACUGAAGGACGGUUGGCUACGUCUCUCGUUAAGGACCAACGCUAGUGAUGCUGCGGAUCCGAUACUGCUUUUGCAGAUUUUGCACAACGUGUCGGAUGGAGAAUGGCAUUCUGUGGCAGCCCGGCUCAUAAACCAGCAGCUCAGUCUGAACCUCGUAGGUGAGGUGGAGAAGUGUGGCCUUCGCUCUUGCCUUGAAGCAGCCCUGGUCCCUACCUACGUGAAGGUGGAUGAGCUUCAGAAAACCUUGAUUGGUGGAGAAGUUAAGAAGUCGACAAACUCUACACAGGAGCCUGUACCGUCUUUCAUUGGGUGCAUGCGGGAUGUCGUAGUGGACUCUGAACUAAUUGUCCCAGAGGAAUGGUUGAAUGAAGCCGCCUUCAAUGUGUCACCCGGGUGCAUCCACAGGGACCGCUGCCUGGACGUGCCUUGCCAUAACCAGGGUCAGUGUAUCAACCUAUGGCAGAGCUACGAAUGUGUCUGCUCCCGGCCUUACGAGGGCCACGACUGUGACAAAGAACAUGUGACCGCCCGGUUUGGCAGCGGCGACGCUCACAGUUAUGCCACCUUCAAAGUCACAGAAGAUCUGGGCCAUGACCUCUCUCUCUCCCUCUUCCUGCGUACUCAGAGAAGCAGCGGGCUUCUGCUGGUGCUGGCCAAUAGAAUCAGGCAAUACAUGCACAUGUGGCUGAUGGACGGCAGAGUGGUGGUUCAAAUCAAUAGUCAGAAGAGUUUGAUAUCACAGAGCGCAGUCAACGAUGGAGAGGUCCACUUUGUAAAGGUUGAGUUGGUGAAGGAACUUGUGGUUUUGGCUGUGUCUGAUCAGCAACAAGUAACAACAGAGACCCACAGAAUCUAUGUUGAAGAGGGAGACAGGGUGUUCGUUGGGGGUUUACUUAGUGAGAAAGGCACUGCAAUGUUUGGUGGUUAUUUCAAAGGAUGCAUCCAGGAUCUGAGGAUGAAUGAUGGAAGACUCAUGUUCUUUGGGCUGGAUACUUCCGUGAAGACGUUUCCUCUGCAGCUGAUAAAAAACGUGACCGCUGGCUGCACCGGGGACGACGCCUGCAGCAGCAACCCUUGUCUAAACGGAGGACUCUGCUACUCAAUGUGGGACGACUUCACCUGCGAGUGCCCACCCAGUGCAACAGGGCAGCACUGUGAGGAGGUCAUGUGGUGCGACCUUUCACCCUGCCCUGGUGAGGCGGAGUGCAGGAUGCUGAACCAAGGAUUUGAAUGUUACGCCAAUGUGACAUUCCUGAAUGAGAGCACUGUGUUGACCUAUCGGGGAAAUGGCCAAAUAGUGCGAAACAUUACCAACAUCUCUCUGACUUUGCGGACUCGGAAGAGAAAUGCAGCCGUCCUACAUGCAGAGAAGCACCUGUCCUUUGUCACAGUCUCCAUCCAGGAUGGAUUUCUCUUCAUGGAGCUUCAGACAACUGCUGGUACAGAUGGAGUAGAAGAUGAGGGACAGAGGGCAGUAACUGCUGUCAGUCUGAGAAGCAAGAAGAGCAUCAGUGAUGGUGACUGGCACAGUGUACAUCUGUUCAUGACGGCGCCAUGGGCAGACACCUCUCGUUGGACUAUGGUUUUGGACGAUGAGACAGUUGAAGCAAGCACUUCCAAGAUUCAAGGUGGAAACUUGGACUUUCUUAGACAUGAAGUGGACAUCUUUUUAGGAAUGCUGUCCCCAGAGGCACCUUGGUCUCUUGCUGGUUGUGUGAGCACUGUUGAGCUGGGGGGUAUCGCCCUGCCUUACUUCACCUCCUCAGAUGUGAACCUUCCACGUCAUCAGCAGGAGCAGUUCACCAUGACAUCUAGAAACUAUCCCCUCCUCGGCUGCAGAGGUGCCCCUGUGUGUGAGCCAAAUCCCUGCCUGCAUGGGGGAGAAUGUGAGGACAUGUUUAACUCCUACAACUGCCACUGUGCCGAUGGUUGGGCUGGAUACCAAUGCAACGUCUUCACUGACACAUGUGCCUCGAGUCCAUGCCUUCAUGGCAACUGCAGUGAGAGUGGGCUGACCUACAAGUGCACCUGUGAGGUUGGAUACACAGGUGCAGACUGCAAGGAGGAGGUGGAUGUCUGUGAGAAUCACCUGUGUGCCCAUGGAGGCACCUGUCUGCAUGGACCAGAGGGCUAUGCCUGCCUGUGCCCGGAAAAUUACACUGGACCAUUGUGCAAUGAGCGUGUGGCAGAACUUCCCUGGUACAUCCCUGGCAAGAAUGUACGGCCAAGGCUCCCUGUUUCUGUGUGUGGAGACAACACCAGAAACUACACCUGCUUCAAUGGUGGAAACUGCACCGAACGCGAGCUGUCCUGUGACUGCCCACCUGGAUUCAUCGGACACCGGUGCGAGCAGGAAGUUGACGAGUGCGUCUCCAACCCGUGUCUGAACGGUGGCUACUGCCGAAACCUCAUCAACAAGUACCUGUGCGUGUGCGACAUGAGCUUCGCAGGAGAUAUCUGCCAGACUGACCUGAGCGCUGAAGGCUUGACAUCUGACCCUCUGUUGGGCAUCACUCUGGUAUCUGUGGCGCUACUGCUGGUUCUUGGACUCACCACCACGGGCCUGGUGGUGACCCUGAACCGCCGGGCCACAUACGGCACCUACAGCCCCAGCCGCCAGGAGAAGGAGGGAUCUCGAGUGGAGAUGUGGAGUGUCACACAACCGCCCCUCAUGGAGAGACUCAUUUGAAGAACCUCCCAAAUUCACAAAGCUUGUCCUACAUUGAUGUUGUGGUUUGUGCCGCUGCCUCAGCUGUGUUUAUAAACAACGCAGUCCUUUUUGUCUGGAGUUUGUGUCAAUUGAUAACCCGAUAUUGUGAAUAGAUGUGAGUGGUGUCUAUGUAUACUGUGAGUUCCCCACCAUGGAUCGAUGACCUGCCCAGGGCGUCCUUCGCUUCUAGCCUCCUAUCCAAGCUCAGUGUCUAAUAGAGGUAGUUGAGCUGUGAUGAUGAUUGGGAUGUUGUUUUUUUCCUGUUAACUUAUUGUAUUUGGAUGACACUGUGAUGUUUAAGAUGCUUCCUUUUUCACGUUGUGAAUUAAAAAAUU